AUGCAUAUUCCCGCCCUCGCCAAGGUAGCCCACCAUGCCUUCAUAGCAGCCACCAUAAUCUCCGAGUCCCAAAUUUCAUCCAUCGCCCCAACAUCGUCCUCCUGUGACAAUGCUCCAGCGAAAGGCCAAUGCGCCACCGCUAAAGUGGCCGCCGAACACAUCACUACAGCCUUCCAAACAUACAAGAUUACCGAGAAGGGCGAGCAGGCCGCUGUUAUCGCGUUGAUGGCCCUUGAAACGCAGGAUUUCAAGUACAACAAGCCUAUUGACAACACCGUGCCCGGGAAAGGCACCCGCAACAUGCAAUCCCCCGAAUACAACAAAAAGUAUGCCCAGUCAAUCCCGAGCCUAAGUGAUAAAGUCACUCCCGUCUUAAACAACCCCGUCGACCUCCUUGAUGUCCUCCGCGAGAACGCCGACGCCGAUUUCGGCUCCGCCGCUUGGUUUCUCACCACACAGUGCACAGAUACGCAGCGUGCUGGGCUGGCUAGUGGGUCUGAAGCCGGCUGGGAGGAUUAUAUUCUGCAUUGUGUGCAAGCUCCCGAGGUUACAAAGAAGAGGACGGAGUACUGGACCGAGGCUAAGAAGGUGCUGGGUGUAGAAUAG